GCGAAAAACAUUGGAAGAUCGCAAUGGAAAAAUACAAAAUGGCUCAAAUUUAAUUCUGCAAUCGCCGCAACGAGUCACUACUGAGCACUAAAAUAGCAGGUGUCACAUAUGAAACACACUUGUGACUUUCUUUGUUCACUUUCAGAACAAUUAAUAAUUUGUAAGAACAAUUUCAAGAAAUAUGUGUACCCCAGCAAAAAUUAGAAAAUUAGAUGAAGUCGUGGUGAAUAGAAUUGCAGCUGGGGAGGUAAUCCAAAGGCCAGCAAAUGCAUUGAAAGAAUUAAUAGAGAAUAGUUUGGAUGCCAAAGCAACAAAUAUACAAAUUACUACAAAAGAAGGAGGCUUAAAGCUAUUACAAAUACAAGAUAAUGGUACGGGUAUUCGAAAAGAAGACAUGGAUAUUGUAUGUGAAAGAUUUACAACAAGCAAAUUGCAAAAAUUUGAAGACCUUAGUAUGCUUACAACAUUUGGAUUUCGAGGAGAGGCUCUGGCUAGUAUCAGUCAUAUAGCUCUUCUUAGUAUUACAACUAAAACAGCAGAUGAAAAAUGUGCCUACAAAGCAUCAUACAUUAAUAGCAAGUUAAAGGCAUCUCCAGCACCUUGUGCUGGAAAUCAAGGUACUAUAAUAACAAUAGAGAAUCUGUUUUAUAACGUAGCGACUCGAAGAAAAGCUUUGUCAAAUCCAUUAGAGGAGUUUACUAAGAUUACAGAGGUUGUUAUGAAAUACGCUGUGCAUAAUCCAACAGUAGGAUUUACAUUAAAGAAACAUGGUGAAACAAGUUUGCAGGUUCGAACACCACAUAAUUCCACAAAACAGAGCAAUAUAAGGAUAUUGUAUGGUAAUCCAGUUGCUCGUGAGUUAUUAGAAGUUGAGCUUAAUGAUGAUGCUUAUAAAUUUAAAAUGCAAGGCUUAGUGACAAAUCCCAAUUAUACAACCAAAAGAAUGAUGAUGCUUUUAUUUAUCAACAAUCGAUUGGUUGAUUCCUCCUCUAUUCGUAGAAUGUUGGAAGAAAUAUAUUCAGUAUAUCUUCCAAAAAAAGCUCAUCCAUGGUGCUAUAUAUCUUUGGACAUUAAUCCACAAAAUAUUGAUGUCAAUGUACAUCCAACAAAACACGAAGUGCGAUUUCUUCAUGAAGAUGCAAUAAUCGAAAGAAUAAAAUACGCUUUAGAUGAAAGACUGGCUGGUAACAGUGCAUCUAGAACAUUUUAUUUGCAAGCCAGGUUACCAAAAACAGACAUUACUAAAGAAGUUCUGGAAGAAGUAUUGCCGGAAUGUAAGAAGGGAAAUUUAAAUACAUCAAAAAAGAUUCAUGCUAGAGAAUUGAUUAGAACUGAUUCUUGUGAUCAGAAGCUGGACAAAUUUAAUUUCACCAUACAUUCUACUGUUAAACAGGAUAAAAACGACAGCAAUCUUCCAGUAGAAAAAUCAACACAUGAUAUACAGUCUGAAUCCCUUAAUUCUGAAAUUCUAUUAGAGAAAAAUACACAUGAUAUUAAUAUAGAGAAUCAAUCUGAUGCCAAUGAACAUCAAGAGAAAGAUUCAAGCUUAAAUUUAAGUAUUACAGAACAUAAUUUUGCACUACCUCGUGCUGAAGAAAUUCCAAUCGAAGAUAAUUCAACACAAUGGAGCGAUAUACUAGAAACUAUAACUACAGCUUCAUCAAAUUCGCAAAACGUUUAUAAUGCAAAUAUCUCUGUACAAAAAGACAAGUCGGAAAGUACAGUGUAUGAUGUUUCAGAAUUUUUACACGACUUAGACAAAACAGUGGACAGUCCUGCAGUAGAGAAAUCUGUAGAUAUUAUAGCUGAUAAGGCUCGUAAACAAGUGUAUCAAUAUUUUGGAACUCAGAAUAUUGACAACACACAGAAAAGCUCAAAAGAAGAAAAUGAACAGACUACGUUACAAGAUACGGAUGAUAAUAAGAAAGAAGGUGAAAGUUCAGUAUCUAACGCAGAGCAAUCUGAACAUCCACUAUCCACUGAUGAAAGUACUCCUAUUGUUGAAUCUCCGAAAUCAACAACGCGAUUUAAAUCAUAUUCUGUAAAUAGUUUUAAACAUGAAGUAAAAUUAACCAGUAUUUUAAAAUUGCGUAAGGAAAUUGAGGAUGAAUGUCACGAGGGAUUAAGAAAUAUCUUGGCCAAUUUAACAUUUGUUGGCUGUGUCGAUCAAACUUCAACUUUGGUGCAGAGUGGAGUAAAUUUAUAUAUCUGCAAUACCAAAAUAUUAACUGAGGAGCUUUUUUAUCAAAUAAUGCUUUAUGAUUUUGCAAAUUUUGGCGUCAUCAAAUUUUCAGAACGGAUAUCGUUGUUUGAUUUAGCAAUGAUUGCUUUAGAUUCAGGGGAAACUGGAUGGACAGAAGAGGAUGGUCCGAAGGAAGAAUUAGCGACUAAAGUGAAGGAGUUACUUUUGGAAAAAGCAGACAUGAUGAACGAAUAUUUUUCAAUUGUUUUGGAUAAAGUGGGAAAUAUAAGAUCAUUACCUGUAUUAUUAGAUAAAUAUUUUCCGUAUGAAGCAGAAAUUCCAUUGUACAUAAUGCGAUUAGCAACGGAAAUUGAUUGGAGAAAGGAACAACUGUGCUUUCAAAAUAUUUGCCGAGAAACAGCAAAAUUUUACAGCUAUAUGAAUCCAAAACACGAAACACACGAUUGGAAAUAUAUUACCGAGCAUGUUUUAUAUCCUGCGAUUAAAGAAAGCUUACUUCCUCCGAAACAUUUCGCUCACGAUUCUACUAUAUUACAAAUAGCUAGUUUACCUGAUUUAUAUAAAGUGUUCGAGAGGUGUUAAGAUAUACUUAAUUUUUU